AGUUCAUUCUCUCAACAGUCCUCUUCGCUUUGUUCUUGUGGCCAACUGACCCUUUGUUCGAGGAUAACAGUUAAAUUGACGACUUUGGGUAUCGAAAGACGGGAAGGAAAGACCUCCACGAGACAAGCAAACCAAGAUGAAGUUUCUCUGCCUCCCCGGAGCCUACGGCAGCGCAAAGAACUUCGAAGUCCAAUUCGGUCCUCUCGCCGAAGAAUUCAAACGCCGUGGUCUCGGCUCCUUCACCUACUCCCAAGGCACACAUGAAGUUGCCCCGCCCCCCGGUUGGGAAGACUACUUCGGCAAGCCCCCUCUCUACCGCUUCCUCGACGUCUCCAACGGCGAUGCCUUCGAAACUCUACGCCGGCUGCGCCACGUGCCGCGUGGCCUGAACCCCGAAGACACAAUGCGCCAGCUGCAGGGCGCGACCGUAGAGGAGGACUGGCACCAGGAGGCUUGGCGCGAGGCUCUGGACGGGGUGUUCCAGACGAUCGAUGACGACCCGGAGAUCGAUGCCAUCCUUGGCUACAGCGAGGGCGCGAUGGUGGCGGCGAGCGCGAUCGUGGAAGAGCAGGAGCGGUGCAUGAGGGAGAAGGGGAGGGAGAGAAGGAUCAAGUUUGCUAUCUUCAUCGCGGGCGCACCGCCCCUGAAGUUCGAAGGUAACAAGCGCAUCACCGCGCAACUGUUCGACGAAGUCGGCGCAGUCAUCGGCAUCCCGACCCUCCACAUCUUCGGCUGCGACGACGCCUUCCUCUCCUCCGCAGUCGCCUUAUUCAACGUCUGCGACCCGAGCAGCGCAGUCAUGUACGAUCACGGACUCGGCCACAUCGUGCCUCGCGACGCCGAGAACGUCUCCCUCCUCGGAACCGUCCUCGGCAAUCUCGUCCCGAAAGUCGAAGACCAAAUCAGAAGGGACGGACACUUCAUCAGGAAGGACAGAAGGGAGAUCAAGCGCGAAGCCAAGAAGAAUAAGCAGAGGGGGCCCCCUCCUGCGGCCGAGAACAGCCACGGCCAGGGAGUGGGAGGGAGGCCGGGAAUGCACCAGCGCGGAAACUCGCACCUUUCUGUGGGGUCGGCGCAGGGAGGAAAUAUCAGUUCGGACCCGGGGACCAGCGGAAGCAUCACGCCGGCGGAGGUGGAUUUCACUGUUGCUAUGCUGAGGAGGACGGACGUUUAGGGGCCGAGUUGGCCCAAGGUCCGGGCUGCUCCGCGCAUUGGAU